UUUGGUCGCCAAAUUUCAAAUGCUUUUGCAAGUGGCGCUUUUUCUCCAAACUCACUGACUAUUGUGUUGCCACUUAAAUGCUUGUGCUGCCACUGCAAUAGCGACCAGGACACGUUUCUAAGGACAUAUGAGGAAUAUAUAAAAGUGGUUUUCUAUUUUAAAGUUUGCUGUGUCUGGAUCAGCCUCAAUAUGAAGUGUCCAAGCUACAGUGAGGAUUCACCAAUUUUAUGCCACAUGGAGAAAGCUGAAACAGACCUCGGUGAGAUGAAGGGCCACACGGUUUCGCCACGGAAAUCAGCCCCGCCGCGCUCCCCCGUGGCAGCCAACAUCUCCACUCCUAUGGAGGCCAGAAGCAAAGGCCCCCACAAUAAAGAAAACUACCAGAAUAAGCGUCAUUCUCUAGAGGUGGCGUCAGACGACGAGGUGAUUCUCAGCAGUAGCGGCCUAACUGAGGACAGCGGCUACCUUUCGCUACAAAACAGCCGGGUGGAUCAUGGGGAUGUGGAUGGCGCGGACUCGCUGGAGAGGAGUGAAGAGAAAUGUGUGUCCUCUCAGUCCUUGGAUGUGGAGUGUCAUUCUGCGCCCUGUCUGCCCGUGUUGAAGUUUCAGGAGGAGGUGUGCAGAGAACUGGCUAAAAGCUUUAAAAAGAGCAAAAGUUACGACUGGACUGUCGUUGAUAAGGUUGCAGAGAAUUACGGGCUGCAUAAUGUGAUCGGUGGGAAGAUGGGACGGCAGUUUGUGGACAUCCUUUGCGGCCUGUUGAGGAAAGACAUGAGGCAUAUCCUUGCCAGGAUAUUGGGCCUGUUGGGAGAUUGUGAUUUAGUGAGCUGUAAAAAAGUGAGCCAGACGUGGCGGAAAAUCAUUUGUGAAGAUCAGGUGGCCCUUCGGCGCUGCAGAGAAGCAGAAAGAACGUUAAGGGACUCUGGCCGCCCCACGGGCUCAUUAUCACGAGACUUCACCUUGAGCAGGGUGGUGUUCUCCUGCAUGCAGACCGUCGCCUCUACGCCCGUUCACAAGGCCAUUAAGAAGCCGCAGUGCAAGACGGGUGGAGCACAAAACGCAUCCAAGCCAAGUCGCUUCCAACAGUUUCAUGAGGUUGCCCGAUCGCCGAAAUAA